UGUCUCUGGAGCAGAGCCGCGCGUGCCUCCGGCUACCAGGAUAAACAGGGUUGGGCUGAUCCAUAUAAUCCCAGAGGUGAAAGUUCAGGGCAGCGUUUGUUCACUCAGCACGCACGCCACGGGGAUCGGCUGCUUGUCUGCUUUCCCGCACGGUGCCCGGGACGGCUCCUUACCCCGCUGUCGAGGCUGUAGCGACAGCCGCUGCCGGAAAACCGGAGCAGACGGCCGGCAGCCAGCCGGCUCCUGGCUUCCUUCCCCUGGCGCCGUGGGAGGAGUGACGGAGGGGGAGGCUCCGCUUACGGCCGCUGCGCACCACAAAGCCAGGCCGCGGUCCGGCCUCACGGCUCGGGAUAACCCGGCAAAGACCCCCGAGGGGCUCCCCGCCUGCCGCCCGCCUUCCCUGGGCUGCUGCUCCCCCAGCCGCAGGGCCAAAAGUCUGCACAGUUGCAACCCCCAGCCCCACUCUCCGGCGCUGUCCCCAGGCAGAGAUCCCGUGGUGAAGCCCAACAUGGCAAAGAGGGUGGCCAUCAUCGGCGGGGGCAGCAGCGGGCUGUGCGCCAUCAAAGCCUGCCUGCAGGAGGGGCUGGAGCCCGUCUGCUUCGAGAGGAGCCGGGACAUCGGAGGCCUCUGGAGGUUUGAGGAGAACCCCGAGGACGGCCGUGCCAGCAUCUACCGCUCUGUCAUCAUCAACACCUCCAAGGAGAUGAUGUGCUUCAGCGACUUCCCCAUCCCCGAGGACUUCCCCAACUACAUGCACAACUCCAAGAUCAUGGAGUACUUCCGCAUGUACGCCCAGCACUUCGACCUGCUCCGCCACAUCCGCUUCAGGACCAGCGUGGAUUACAUCCCCUACAUGGACGAGCUCGCCUGCCAGCUGGGAGUCAAGCCCAACCUGCUCACCCUCUUCCUCACGGACCCCAGGCUGGCUCUGGAGGUGGCCUUCGGUCCCUGCACGCCAUACCAGUACCGGCUGCGGGGCCCGGGUGCGUGGGCGGGUGCCAGGGAGGCCAUCCUGACCCAGCAGCAGCGCAUCAUCAAGCCCCUGCAGACGCGGCACGUGGAGGAACGUCCCUCAGCCCUCGCUGUGCCCCUCAUCUUCAAGGUGGUCGGGGCUGUGGCCAUCCUCGCUGCUGUUUUUGCUUACUUUUAG